AGGCCCAUUUCAUUACACCUUCUUUCCUCUCUUGCCGGAAAUUCUAUUUCUUCACCCUAACAACCACCGGCGUACAAUCCAUAACAUUCAACCCUAAACAUGGACAAACCUGCCAGAAAACGCGGCCGGAAACCUAAACACACACCGGACGCACAACCAAACCCUAACUCAACCACCAUCACCACCGUCGCUGACGACACCGUCGUAGCCUCCAUAACCACCGCCGACACCACCACCACCGACCGCCGCGGCUCCAAACGCCGUCGUAAGACCGGAAAAGUGAAAAACGACGAUGCGGUGAUUGUUACGUCGCCAGAACGGAGAGCGGUUAGGCAUAGUGAGCAAAACGGAGAGUAUGACGUCACGGCGGUUGUUCCGGAGAGUGUAGGGAAGGUUGUGCCGUCGAUGGAUGCGGUUGUGAAGGUGUUUUGUGUUCAUACGGAGCCGAAUUUCUCGUUGCCGUGGCAGAGGAAGCGGCAGUAUAGUUCGAGUAGCAGCGGGUUUAUUAUUGGAGGUCGUAGGGUUUUGACGAAUGCGCAUUCGGUUGAGCAUCAUACGCAGGUGAAGGUGAAGAAAAGAGGAUCUGAUACUAAGUAUUUGGCUACUGUGCUUGCUAUUGGAACUGAAUGUGAUAUUGCAAUGUUGACUGUGAAUGAUGAUGAGUUUUGGGAAGGAGUUUCACCCUUGGAGUUUGGGGACUUGCCUGCGUUACAAGAUGCUGUUACCGUUGUCGGCUAUCCCAUCGGAGGAGACACAAUCUCAGUGACUAGUGGUGUUGUGUCUCGUAUUGAGAUAUUAUCGUAUGUUCAUGGAUCAACCGAGCUCCUUGGUUUGCAGAUUGAUGCUGCAAUAAACUCUGGAAAUUCUGGUGGCCCUGCCUUUAAUGAUAAAGGAGAGUGUGUUGGUAUUGCGUUUCAGUCUCUUAAACAUGAAGACGCAGAGAAUAUUGGUUAUGUGAUACCGACUCCAGUUAUCACUCAUUUUAUUCGGGACUAUGAGAAGAAUGGAGAAUAUACAGGGUUUCCAAUUCUUGGAGUUGAGUGGCAAAAGAUGGAGAAUCCAGAUCUUCGCAUGUCAAUGGGCAUGGGUAAUGAGCAUAAAGGUGUACGUAUCAAAAGAAUUGAACCUACUGCUCCAGAAUCUAACGUCCUGAGUCCUUCUGAUAUAAUCCUUAGCUUCGAUGGGGUUAAUGUUGCUAAUGAUGGAACAGUUCCGUUCAGGCACGGAGAGCGUAUAGGUUUCAGUUACCUUGUUUCUCAAAAGUAUACUGGUGAUAAGGCUCUAGUUAAAAUACUCAGAAAUUCAAAGACACAUGAGUUCAACAUAAAACUUGCGACCCACAAGCGAUUAAUACCCGCACAUAUCGGCGGAAAGCCCCCAUCUUAUUACAUUAUUGCUGGAUUCGUUUUUACCGCCGUUUCUGUGCCUUAUUUGCGUUCCGAGUAUGGAAAAGAUUAUGAUUUUGAUGCUCCGGUAAAACUAUUGGACAAACAUCUACAUGCGAUGGCAGAGACUGUUGAUGAGCAACUUGUUGUAGUUUCUCAGGUGCUUGUGGCAGACAUCAAUAUUGGUUAUGAAGAGAUAGUGAACACUCAGGUUCUUGCUUUUAACAACAAGCCAGUUAAGAACUUGAAAAGUUUGGCAGCUAUGGUAGAAAGCUGUACUGAAGAAUUCCUGAAGUUUGAUCUCGAAUAUGAACAGAUUGUGGUGUUACGCACUAAGAUGGCGAAGAAAGCGACUCGGGAUAUUCUAUUAACGCAUUGUAUACCUUCAGCCAUGUCUGAUGAUCUCAAGUCAUGAAAAUUGAGUCUCAUGUGAACGUCACAUUGUGGUCUUUUGCUAUACCAUCAGUUGGACGCAGACCCUUCUGCUUCACAUGGAUCCAUUACUAAUCAUGUGAUUUUAUUUUUGUAACAAAAUUUGUCUGUAACUGGUAGCAAAUCCUUGACAGCAGUUUUGGACUUUUGAUGCUGAGCAAAAGGGUCAUUGCCGAGUUGAUGUUUGGAAAUUUUGUAGUUGUGCCUAUGUUAAAUGGUUUACACACUUCAAAUGGUUUUUCA